AUGCUCGCCUGGUUCUUAUUCGGCAGUGCCGUGGCCUAUAACCUGGUCAUGAUCAUUUAUCGCCUUCAUUUCCACUCCCUUGGUCGAUUCCCUGGUCCUCGACUCGCUGCUGCGACAGGACUAUAUGAGAUCUACUUUUCAGCGUGGGGCCCUGGUUUCUUCGAGAAUGAGAUCGACCAGAUGCACCAGAAAUAUGGUCCAGUGGUUCGCAUAACUCCCGAUGAGGUCCACGUCCAGGAGCCAUCUGGCUCUGUUAACUAUGCCGACCGUUGGAUCAAAGAUACGCGAGCAUUGGAGUCCGGUCGCCCAUUGCAACACACCCAUUUCCAAAUCAGGAAGCGAUCCAUGUCUCGAGUUCGGUCGUUGAUCCGGGUGGAGGUCAAUCAAAUCAUCCGUGGCCUGAUCGAGAAGCACCAGGUGCAUAAAGUGUUUAGUGCAAGACUUCCACUUUUCAUUCCACUCGCGCGUCCACGGAUCCCACCCGGAUAUGACAAGGAGGAUGUUCCAGUCUCAGAUAUUCCCCCAACGUCUGGUUCUCGGGGUAAUUGA